GGGACGGGGCGGGCUGAGGCGGCCGUGAGGCGGGACGGGGCGGGCUGAGGCGGCCAUGAGGCGGGACGGGGCGGGCUGAGGCGGGACCGGGCGGGACGGGGCGGGCUGAGGCGGCCGUGAGGCGGAACAGGGCGGGCUGAGGCGGCCAUGGCGGGAGCGGCCAUUCCCGGGGGCAGUUGUUGGCUUUGGAUGAGCAGAUGCCUGCACACCACGGUGAAGUUUCUGAGGAAAACUGGAACUGAGCAGAGGUGGUUGGAGAGGCACUUGAAGGAUCCCUUUGUCAAGGCAUCGAAGCAGCAGCAUUACCGUUGCCGAAGUGCCUUCAAGUUGCUGGAAAUUGAUGACAAGUUCUGUGUUCUCCGUCCAGGACUGUCUGUUCUAGACUGUGGAGCAGCACCUGGUGCUUGGAGCCAGGUUGCUGUAGAGAGGGUCAAUGCUUUAGGUGCUGAUGCUGCUGUCCCCACUGGCUUUGUGCUUGGUGUUGACCUGCUGCGGGUUUCUCCUCUGGAAGGAGCAGUUUUCCUGUCACAGGCUGACAUCACACACCCCAGCACGCUGAGGGCCAUCCAGAGCCAGCUGCCCUUGGGAAAGGCAGAUGUCAUCCUGAGUGACAUGGCACCCAACGCCACAGGCAUCAAAGAACUGGAUCAUCAGAAGCUGAUCAGGCUGUGUUUAGGCCUCCUGGAUAUAUCCCGAAGCGUUUUAAAGCCAAAAGGAACGAUGCUCUGUAAAUUCUGGGAUGGAUCCGAGGCCCGAGUUCUGCAAAGCAGACUGAAGGAGCACUUCCAGGAUGUGAGAACUAUAAAGCCUCAGGCCAGCCGGAAGGACUCUGCAGAAUCCUAUUACUUGGCAAGGCUGUACAGAGGGAAAUGACAGUCAAGAACUGCAGAUUCUCUGACAUUGACUGGAAAUCUCAGUUUGGUGGGAUACCAUUAAGACCCUGGGAAGAUUUUCUACUCUUCUUUAAGUCCAUCAGGCUUUUCAAAUACUUGUGGACAAAUGGUUGGGAAUGGAGAGGAAUAAUCUGAAAGGCAACCUCUGGGGCUGGAAUAAUGGAAAUGUCAAUAAAAUCCUGAUUACAUGCGUUUUUAA